ACUAAACAUCAACCGUCAGAUCACAAAAUCACCCAUCCAACGGACAGUAAUACACACAUGAAUACCUCUAUGAAAACAGCGAAAGCAGACGGUAAUUUGCGUCCUCUCAGUUUUCCCGGUCCGCGGCGGCGUCGUCGUCCCUCCUUAAACAGGAUUGAGAAAAUAAAAUGGAAGAAGAGCCUUCUAGUGAAGGUAAAGAAAUAGUUAACUCAUAUGUGGCAUUGGAAGAUGAAGGUGAUGGGUGUUGUGUGGUAAAGGAUGAUGCAAAUCCAAUUGUUUUGGAUGACCCUGGAAAGGAGGAUGAACAUUUGAAUCUUGAGUUUUCUCAAUACUUAGUAGGUGGAGCUUUAGAGCCUACACUAGGGAUGGAGUUUACUUCUGAGGAUGAUGCUAGGAAUUUCUACAAUGCAUAUGCUAAGCAGACAGGUUUUAGUAUUCGUGUGAAUUCUUAUUAUCGAUCAAAGAAGGAUAAUUCGAUUAUAUCUAGAGAAUUUUGUUGUUCCAAAGAAGGGUUUCGCCGGGAGAAACGUUCAAGAAAUGUGGAUUCUGGGGAUGAUACAAAGAAGAGGCGUGCUAGGCCUAUUACGAGGGAGGGUUGCAAGGCGUUGAUGACUGUCAGGAGACGGGAUAAUGGAAAGUGGUAUGUAGCUAAGUUAGAGAAAAGUCAUAACCAUGAGCUUGUGACUCCUGCAAUGAGGCAUUUUCUUCGGUCACAUAAGGAAGAGUAUGAUCCAAAGAAAAGUUUGAGUGGCUCUAUCAGUUCCUCGGGAGUGGGCUUGAAUGCCUCUGUAAAUGUGUUGACUGAAGAAUGUAACAGUUUUGGUGAAUUGGGAUUUGCCACACAUAAUAAUAUUAACUUUAUUGGAAAAGGAAGGUUAAGCAAUUUUGGGGUAGAUGCACAAAGUUUGCUUGGGUUCUUUAAAGUUAUGCAAGCUCGUGAUCCUGCAUUUUAUUAUGCUAUACAGGUUGAUGAGGAAGAUCGGCUAAGUAGUGUUUUUUGGGUUGACACAAGAUCAAGAAUUGCCUAUAAUUGUUUCUCUGAUGUUGUAUCUUUUGACACUACUUAUCAAGUGAAUCAAUAUAAAAUGCCAUUUGCACCUUUCAUUGGGGUAAAUCAUCAUAGACAGUCAGUGUUGUUUGGUUGUGCAUUGCUAGCAGAUGAAACUGAAUCUACAUUCAUUUGGCUUUUCACAACUUGGCUUGAGGCAAUGUCUGGGCGGCAGCCAGGUUUACUUAUAACUGAUUAUGAUUCUGCCAUUAGCAGAGCAGUAGAAAGUGUUUUCCCACAGUCAAGCCAUCGAUAUUGCAAAUGGCACAUCCUGAGCAAAAUGCCCAAGGAAAUGGGUCACGUAUGCAGUGCACUUCCAAAGACAUUUCAAGUGGAGUUUGACAAAUGCAUUAACAAGAGUGAGACACCUGAAGAAUUUGAAUCUGCUUGGCACUUGCUUCUUGACAAGUACAAUCUUAGAGGAAAUGAAUGGCUUCAAUCCCUUUAUAUUGAUCGCAAGUUAUGGGUAUCAACAUAUGUGAGAGACACAUUCUUUGCUGCCAUGUAUACAACGCAGCGAAGCAAAAGUGUUAACUCACUAUUUGAUGGCUAUGUAAGCGCUGGGACCACAUUACAAGAUUUUGCAGAGCAAUAUGAGAAGGCUCUUGAUGAUCGAUAUGAGAAGGAAGCUAGGGCGGAGUUUGAAACUUUUUACACUAAACCAGUUUUAAAGACACCACUUCCUAUGGAAAAACAAGCAGCAGAAGUUUACACAAGAAAAUUGUUCUCAGUUUUCCAAGAUGAAAUUUAUGAAUCUCUUGUGCUUGCUGUGAAUUUAAGUCAAGAUGAAGGAUUAUCUAGGACAUAUGAGGUAGCAAGAUUUGAUGAAGAACAUAAAGUGUACUUUGUAGGAUUAAAUAUAGCUGACCAGAUGGCUAGUUGUAGUUGCAAGAUGUUUGAGUUUGAAGGGAUCCUCUGCAGACAUGUCAUUGCUGUGGUCAAAGCAACAAAUAUCUUCCUGCUUCCACAACAUUAUAUUUUGAAGCGAUGGACAAGAAACGCUAAGGAUGAGGCUAUGUUGGAUGCAAUGCCAUCUGUUGAGAUGAAUGGUAAUUCUCGAGAGGGGAAGAACUCACAGUACAAUCUUUUGUAUCAGGAAGCCGUAAAAUGUGCGGAAGAGGGGAUGGCAUCUGACCAUAGUUUCAAAUUUGCAUUAAAUGCCUUGAGGGAGGCUAGGAUUAAAAUUAUUACUGCUAAGAAAAAUGCCAUCAAUGCCCAGAAACUUGAGACUGCGGCCAGCACCAACUUUCUGGAUGAGAACACCACAGUUGGUAGUCAGGUAGAUAGUUCAUCAGAAGUAGUUACUCUCCAAGACAACCAGCAAGCUAAAAUGAGAGAUUCCUGUACAGAAAAUAAUAUCUCCAAAUAUGCGUCAGAGCAGUCUUCAAGUAGAGUUAGUAUAUGCACUAAUUGUAAGUGCCCUGGACAUGAUAGUCUUUCUUGUACAACUAAGUUGAACAAUAAACUCCUAUUUCUAACAUCUGCAGCCAAUGAAUCAAGAGUUCUCUCAUGGUUGCAACUCUCAAGUGCUCUGCAAUACUCAAGCUGUUCUGCAGCAAACUGGAUUUGGUUCAGCAGCCAAGAUUAA